CAACAGCCGAGACCCCACCCUUCAAGCCGGUCUGUGCCGUUGGGAUGCCGAUGGCCGGGACACGGUGAACGCCCAUGCGAGCUCCUGACAGACGAGUGGAGACAAGUGAUCUGCACGGAGCGAGCAGUCUCCAGCAAGGAGCCUGGUGUGCGGCUGGUCAACUCGGGUCCAAUGUCGAAGUCGAAGCUUGUGGAAUGUGUUUUCAACGAAGAUGUGGAACUGGUGUGCAAAGUCAUCCCUCAGUCUUGGAGUGUACAUGUGUGGAACUUGCAUGGAAGGAGCUUGGUGGCACCAAGUAUACGAAUCCAGUUCCAAACCAGAGAUGAUCAACUUGAAGUUUGUUAGAUUGUUUCUUUCUGCACGACCUUCAGACCCAUCAGCUUGGGGUGGAAUUCGGUGUUCAGGUUGUUGUUGGCGCGUUCCACGCGUUCCACGCGUUCCACGCGUUCCACGGUCGACUCCGCACCGAUGCAGGUACUUUGGCUGUCAUGUUCUCCGCCUUGACAGCUGGCAGUCUAUUUCACGCCUUGAGAGGGAAAGCCCGUACUUUCGGCCAACACAUGGAGCAACGCAAUGAUUUCUUGAACCUAACGAAGGAGACGAUGCUUUUUGCAAAGAACCACACAAAUGCCACCAGACGCUGCUUAAAAUUCAUUCACAUUCCGAAGAAUGCUGGCUCUGCCAUUGAAAAUCUUGGGUACCAUCUGAAGUAUGCUUGGGGCCUUCAUGAUCAUUCGUUGCAUUGUCUCAAUGCAUCCGAGUGCUCACAGACAGUUCCUGUCCGCAGACUGUGUUGUUGGCCGAACAAUGUCACAGCUUGCAGCGUUUGGCACUAUCCGCCCAGAAUGGAUGAAGAGCUGACACAAAAUUAUGCCAACUGCUCCACCUUCUGCGUGGUGCGGGAUCCCCUGCGUCGCUUCGUCAGCGAGUAUUUCUACAUCUCCAAGCAGCGUCACACGCCAGGACCCCUGUGCAAUCAACGGACAUUCGAGGAGUAUGCCAAUGCGACUUUGCAACGUUUGAUGAUAGAUCCGUGGAUCGACGAUUGCCACCACGUGCCGCAAGCGUAUUAUUUGUCGUCGAGGACUGGACGCCGUUCCUGUGAUCAUAUCAUCCGCUACGAACACAUGCAAGAGGAGCUGAGCAAAGUCUUGAAAUUCUACGGAGAGGUGGACUUGAAGCGGACGAAGCUUCCAGUGGCUCCGAAAUCACUUUUUCGACACCAGAAAGGGGAAGACAAAAUCGUCCAGCUUGAGACGCCCUGGCGGACAUCCAUUGACAUCCAUUAUAUAAAGUGAUGCACGCGGAAAACCACCCGUGGGGGUAUUUAUGAAGGAACAUGGUCUUUCGAACCCGGGGCCAUGCCAUCCACGUCUAUACUAUUAAUUCCAGGGAGUGGAAACCCAUCCCGACCUUAGUCAAACAAUAAGGGCCUUGUAGGGAUCCAUCCAUUCCUUUUGACUUUUGACAGGGGUGGUUUGAAUUUUCAGGUUUAUAAGAUUCUGCUAGGCAGUGGUUGAAAUUACUGGACAUGGAAUGUGCGGGCCUUUUGACAGGGGAGUGUUUGAAGGAACACCUCACUUCACAGGUCGCCAGACCAUCUCGGGGUUCAACCAACAACCCUCUAUAUGGGCGUUUUUCAAUGUCAGCUAUACAUGACCAAGCCUCAAAUGUUUUGGUUCCUUGAUUGAUGGCUGCCAUGUCUCGGAAUGCCGUCGAUCCAGUUCAGCAGUGACAAGCGAAUUCGGUGCAUUUUGAAACGGGUCGUUGAGACAUCCUGAAAGGCUGAAGUUCUGAAAGGGUUUCCUGUUUGUUUCCCAAAUCUAAUUUUUUCAUAUUUUUCCUCACACAGUAGCAGUGGAACAACAACCUGAACCCUGGAAUUCGACGGCCUUCAAUAGCACUCUAUAUGAGGACUAUACAUUAUUAGUGGCUCCACCUCCAUUUUGGGAUGCGUUCUUGCACAAGACAAUUUGGCAGCAUGUCAUGAGACACACUCUCUCCCCAACAAUGGUCGGAGCAGAAAGUAACCAUGUUUAUUGAAGACGGCUGUAUAUAUAGACAUUCCAGGAUGUCCUGCUGCACGAUCUACUUCAUCCAUUUCCUAUCACUUCUUCAAAUUUAUAUCAUCACGAGCAACACCCUAGGCUAACUACCUUUUGAGGAGGUAAUUGGGGUUGGAAUCGUUGGAAUGUUUGACGGUCUGAGUCUAAUUGCCUUUAGGAGGAAGUCGUUGCAACUACCCCCUCCAGCUUCCCAACUUCCCAACCAACCUUCAUCUCGACAACCCCGAAGAGAACACAAACGGCCACAUGUUACAUUCUGUGGGUCGCGAGUCGCUGCGACGGCCACCAGGCGGGGGUCAACUCCGUGCGCGGCCGCUGCAAGAUGGAGAACCUCUCCGUGUCUGAGCAUUUGCAGCAACGUUUGCGAGACUUCUUCCACUUAGACUAUCAGUGGGGCUUAGGCAGCUGAGCCCAAAAGCCAAGUGAAGUGUUUUUUGAUCAUGGACCUCUUCUCCAAGCUGCCAAGUUUGGGCGCCAUGUCCUCCAAACCAUCCCGUUGGAGGUAGACGUUUCUGGCAGACGCGCAAAACAUCGAGCAGAACUUCUAGGGGGUUGGAUAGGGGUUUGGAGAGGGUGAGGAUCCGAUCACAGCGGAUUGUAGUUUCCAUUGAGUCCAGAUUUAAACAUUAGAACCAGAUUUGGCUUCCCAGGCGCUCCAAACAGCCUGACUGCCCCCUCAAAACCUCGGGAUUGGUUCGACCCCAGACCCCUGACCCGAGGAUUCGGGUCCAGGGUCGCGUUUGGGUUGAUUUAAAUCAUUGACUUCACUCCCUGGGGAUUCUGGGGAUCCAGUCGUACCUUCUCAG